GUGGCUCCUAGAAAUCGGCGCUGUGAGUGGGGAAGGGACCUGCGCCAGCCGGCCCGUCAGUAGCCCGCCACCAGGGGGCUCCUGGGUCUCAGCAUCCGGAAGUGCCAGAGCUGGGACCGAGACCCUGGGGGUGAAGGAGGCGCGGUUCCUAGCAAAGGUCUUGAGCUCCGGACGGUGUUUGUCAAAGGCCAUCAGUGGGCAUUUCCUUCACCUAUGGCACUACCUGGGUACUGAGCACACUGCCUGAGGACUGGAAAUAUGGCAGAUAUACAGCCUGAGAAUAAAAAGAGGGAUCUUCCUCCAUGGAUGACAGCCCAGGUGCCUGGGAGGAAAUCAGUACCAAUGUGGAGACCAGCUAAGAGGAAAAAGAUCACAGUGCAGGCAGCAGAUCCAUCAUCAAGUCUUCACCCUAUCCGAACUGUGUACUUCAUGAAUGAAGCAGAACUGGUGGAUGUUGCUCUGGGUGUCCUGGUUGAGUGCCGUAAACAGGAAAAGCCCUUGGAGCACACAUUGCUGCUGGGAACUGAUAAGGACCAAACUGCACAGCCUGAGUCUCCCUGGGCUUCUGGGAGCAGGAGUGAUGGAGAGGAGGAGGUGGAUGAUACCCCUCAAACACAUCCCUCAAGCAAGCAGGAGUGUUCUGCCUCUGGCUACAAGAAGGGCUCAGGAGAUGAAGAGAAUGAAGAUGCUUUAAAAUACGUGAGGGAGAUCUUUUUCAGCUGAGAAGAUAGUUGAACUUUUUAAAAUACUUUUUGUUUUGGGUAUGUUGGAAUUCUUCCUUGUCCCUAGUUGCUGAUUCUGACCAGUAGGGGAUGCAAUCGACCAGUGUCUCCCUAGGUAUCUUCAGAGUAGGCCUUUAGGCCUGGGCAUGAAAUCAGGGCCAUUGGAUUGAUUGAUAGAUGAUUAUGUGGUAGUCAGAGGUUAAGUCGGUGGCCAGAAAGUCUUCAUAGUUUUGGUGGUCAGUCUCUGCUUCAUUGUUAAGAAUCCUCGGGAACCUCCAUGAUUGUCAGAUUCUGGGGAAAACUGACCCAAAUCUAUCAACAUCUAGCUAGAUGACCUCUGGGAACCUUUCUAGCACUCCAUUAAGACUAGAAGGUUUAUAAGGUUCUUUUCAGCUUGAAAUCUAUGAAAGAGUGCAAGUGUUUUCAAUGCCUUAGGCAAUGACUCUGGUGCUGUUUCCUGGUUAUUUCACUCUCCUUUACCUCUGUUGCUGCAAUGGCCUUGAAGCAGAUCUUGGCAUUUUAUAUUUCUACAGUUAGGGAUUCAAGUAUAUUCUGAAUUUGUCCUCUCUAGAAUUUGCAGAGUUAUGAUCCUAAGCUGAUUGUAUUUUUUUUCAAAGUUUCAUCACUAGUAUAAAGCAAAGUCUUGUUACCAGGCUAGCUAAUGAUGCCAAUGUCUGAUCUACCCCAGGUUUAUGGCAUUUUCCCAGACUACCUGUUUAAGUCAUGCAAAAAAUUAAAAAAUUAAAAGCUUCCAGAAAUACCAGCAAUUCAUUUGGUAUCAUAUUUUCAGUUUCAGAGCUUCCUUCAGGCCUGAAUCAGCUGUAAAAAUUGUGGCUUUUGGGGGCAGCUGGGUAGCUCAAUGGAUUGAGAACCAGGCCUAGAGAUGGGAGGUCCUGGGUUAAAAUAUGGCCUCAGACACUUCCCAGCUGUGUGACCCUGGGCAAGUCACUUGACCCCCAUUGCCUAGCCCUUACCACUCUUCUGCCUUGGAGCCAAUACCUAGUAUUGACUCCAAGACGGAAGGUAAGGGUUUAAAAAAAAUUGUGACAUUUGAAAAAAAAAUGUUCUGUUUGUGUUGAGUGGAAGCAUUAUUCGGAUGAAAUGAAAAUACAAGAAAAUAGAGUGAGCCAACCAUCUUGCAAAAACUAAACAUUGCUUUGUAGUGUGUCACAAAGAGAUACCUAACAGUGAAUUGGUGAAAAAAUCCUUAAAUUCCUUUCCCAACAUGAUGUACAAUUCUAAAAAAUCAAAACAGGAUAGGAAAAAGUCAUAGAUGUUAAAUUGAUUAAAGAAAAAGAACUGUGGGAUUGAAACAUUCCCCCUUAGUGAUUUGUAUUAAUAGUAUGAUCCUUUAAAAAAAAUUAAAAUUAAAGAUGUUUCACUAAGACAGGAGCUGAUGACAGUUUCAGAUUUUUCAGAAUCAAGAGGUAUAGCUGAAAGAACACUAGCCUUGGAGUCAGGGUGCUUGGGUUCUAAAGCCCAGGCUCUAACACCUAUUCAUUGUAUGUGACCUUGAGCAGUGACUUCACUUUCCUGAUUCUUAGUUUCUGGGUCUGUAAAAUGGGGACAAGAUUUGUUCCAGUUACCUCACAGAGAACACUUUGUGAAUCAUUAAGACCUAUAUAACUUUGAGACAUCCUAAUGCAGCCAUCUGAUCACUGGUUCUACUUCCUCCAGAGAUGCCAACCACACCAUGUCUCAGUUUUAGUAAACAAUCUUGAGUUGCUGUAGCUGAAAAUCCAACUGGGGGCCAGUUUGAUAGGCUCUCUCCAAGAGCUUCUUUGGACUCAGGCAGCAGAGAGAGACUUGAUUGAAUCCAUCAUUGAGUCCUCACUAAAAACUUUCCUAGUUUUAUUGGACCAUAGAGCUUGUCCUGCCCUGAUGCAGUCUUUAAAAAGCCAUUAUUUGCACAUGAUGAUGAGGUUGGGGUAAGGCUUUAGGAGAGGAACAGAGGAUAAAACACUCUAGGGCCUGGACCUGCAGUCUUCAUUUGCCUAGAGAAUUCACAUGAGGAAAUUCCCUCUUGCAGUGCAGGUUUUGCACUGUAAAGCAGUAAGUGGCUAAAUGACUUGUCCAGAGGUUACAUAGCCAUUAUGUGUCAGAGGCUGGAAGGCUGGACGUGCACUUUGGCCUCCUUAGCUCUUGGGCCAUCUCUAUCCAUCACAUCACACUGAGUCAUGGUUGUUUUUCUCUCUAGACUCCAUGGGACCAGGGGGAGGGAAGAAUGGAGGUACAUAACUAGGUGUGGCAGUUCAUCCUGAGUUCGUGCAGAAGUGAGAGGAGGAUCAAAUCUUCAUCUUCCCUCCAGGGUCCAUUGAAGGAGGAGACUGCCUUUUACUCUGCAGCUUCUGUCAGUCAGUGGUCUUAGCAAGCUGUGGAGCAAUAUCUCCACAGGAGCAAAUAGAACCCUUCUCAACUGAUGCCAAUUCCUGGGAAAGAAAGAAGAACCCUCUUCUGGUUCUUUGGAUAUUUUUUUGAUGCCAGUGCCCCAUGGGCUCUUUAUUAACCUUUUGUUGUCUGCAAUUUUUGCUAUUGGACUGGCCCUUCUCUUUUUCCUAUCAUAAAAGGCCUUGGUGAAGUUUUAUACAUUGCUCCUUGCUUGCAAGUCAUUAUUGCUGUUUCUCUGGUCCUUUGAUUCUAGAGGCUGACUGAUGAGGUGAAAAUUCUUUUGAUCUUCCCCCAUACUGGAAUCCUCAUUUAUUUUAGUUCUCUAUCUCCCCAGUUCCUAUCCUUGUCUUCUUUUCUCUUCCAAUUCUCCCUCUGGAAUUCCUACUCUUUGAAUAAGUUUUUAUUUAUAUCUUCAUAAAUAAAAUUUACCUUUCUUUCAUUUGCUUUUAUAUUACCUAAAUUUCCCACUCUAGUUCCUCUACCCCAUACCUACCUCCUCCCAGAGAACUGUCUUUUAUAAUAAAAAAAGAGAAAAAAAACUGAAUGAUAUAAAAAGUUGGAUAGUAUAUAUAAUAUUAACAUCUUAUAAGAUCUUUUUAAAAAUAAAAUUUUAUUGGUAUAUUUUAUCUUUA